AUGGAGCAUAGUGACGGCGAGACCGCCGCCAAGCGAGCCAAGCUCUCCGCCAGCGGCAGCGAGGACCUCCUCAGCGCGCUAUCCGACGACGUUCUCAUUCACAUCCUUCUCAAGCUCCGCAACACCGCCGUCGCCGCUCGGACCAGCGUCCUCUCCAGCCGCUGGCGCCGCCUCUGGGCCCUCCUCCCGGGCCUGGACUUUCUCCCCGACAUCAACCCAUACAGCGUACCCGCCGUCCUCGCCGCCCAUCAAGCGCCGGCCCUCCGCUCUCUCCGCAUCCUCGCCACGGACGCCUCUGCCGACUUCAUGGCCGCGUGGCUCCCCAUCGCCGCCCGCCGCCUCUCCGGCGAUCUAUUCUUCAUCAACACCGUGUCGCCGGACGACGAGGCCGGGGACAGAGGCGCCUUUGAACUGCCAUGCUUCGAGAACGCCACCUCGAUCACGCUCCACUUAGGGUUUCUUGGCAUUGCAGUGCCAGCCUCCGCCAUAUCCUCUCGGCUCACCGAUCUUCGCCUGAAUAGCUUCCAGGUACAGGGUCCGUGCUUGCUCGGUGACGUUGUAUCCUCGGCGUGGUCCCCAUGCUUGCAAAGGCUCACCAUCAACGAUGCCCGAGGCAUCGACAAAUUCACCAUCCGCUCAGAGUCUCUCCUGCAAUUGAAGCUCAAGGAUCUAGAUGGCCUGCAGCAGCUCACUGUCGUGGCGCCGAAGCUCAAAGAGCUAAGUGUGAUCCUUUUGCUUUGCUCCGAAUCAACCUAUUGCUAG